AUGGCAUCACCAAACGGAACAGGCUACUUGCUGCCAGCGACUGGAGCCCAGGGGCUGGCCAACUAUCCUCAUGCCCGCACCAUCCCAAGCACGGCGCGAACAAUAUUCGUAUCGGGUACCUCGAGUCGACGCGGGGACGGUACCUACGAAGGUUGCGAAACACAGGCCGACGGAACACACAUUUUGGACUGCGGGGCACAGACAGCAGCUGUUCUGAGGAACAUCGAAACCAUCAUUCGCGGGGCCACGGACGGGAAAUGUGGUCUUGAAAGUGUUGUGGACGCGACGGUCUUCUUGACGGAUAUUCGAAGCGAUUACGCCGCCAUGAACGCCGAGUGGAACAAAGUUUGGCCAGACCGCACCAAAGCACCAGCUCGGACUUGCGUUCAGGUUGCUGCGCUGCCCAACGAGAGGCUCAAUGUUGAGAUCAAGUGCCAAGCGGUCGUUUCGGAGUGA